ACGGACCCUGCAUUCACUAUAUCUGGUCUCCGCGGACCCUUCAUUCACUAUAUCUGGUCUCCCCGGACCCUGCAUUCACUAUAUCCGGUCUCCCAGGACCCUGCAUUCACUAUAUCCACUCUCCCCGGACCUUGCAUUCAUAAUAUCUGCUCUCCCCGGACCCUGCAUUCACUAUAUCUGUUCUCCCAGGACCCUACAUUCACUAUAUCUGGUCUCCCCGGACCCUGCAUUCACUAUAUCUGGUCUCCCGGACCCUGCAUUCACUAUAUCUGGUCUCCCCGGACCCUGCAUUCACUAUAUCUGAUCCCUCCCAGUAACAAUUGACCCUUCAACAAGAAUAGACCCAUCCCUCAUCAAGAGUCCCCCCCCCCCAGCAACAAUAGAUCCCCCAGCAGCCAGCAUCUACAGUAUAGAUGCUCCUGCAUUCAGUGCUGGAGGUGCCAGAACUGCAUUCCCCCACAAAAACAAACUGAU